GGUGGAUUCUAAUCUUGGAAUAGGUUCCGGAUCCACCGCAACCCUGAACGGGGUAAAAUGUUACCGAAAGUGGGUGAGAGUUUGAAUAGAAACAUGCCUUUGGAAAAUUUAUAAUCAUAUGUUUAAUUUUGGAGAAGUUUAAGGGCUGUGAUGGACUGGUGCCCAUCCAGGAUGUAUUCCCACCUUACACCCAGUGAUCCCAGGAUAGGCUCCUGAUCCACCGACCCUGACCAGGAUAAAGUGGCUACAUGAGAAUGGAUGGAUGGACGGAUUGAUGAACUCUGAACUGUAAAGAGGGAAAGUGUAAGAUGCUACAUUAGGAGAUGGUCUUGUUCAGUGUUUGCCUUCGCGGUACAGCAGGCGGCACUAUCCGCUUCCACAAACUCCCAUAGAAAAUUCUACCGAGGAAGAAUUGCCUCAUAGCCGGAGAAAAAAACCCAACAACCUAGCGAUUCAUUUAUUUCAACUUUGCAUUCCGUUUUUACCUCAAUUUCCUGAUUCCUGCUAAAGUUCAGAAGGUGUUUAUUUUGCCACUACUAGCAGGAUUGCAAGCCAUUCACACCAGUGUUAAACCGGUAGCCGGUUGUCGAUGUCGUCGUGGGCGCGAAGUGCGAGAAGCAGGCGGAGGCUGUCUCAUCUCUCCCGCGGUGGAGCGAAACCUUUUCGACCUUUCCGAAAUCAGCCAUAUCCUGGUCGGGAGGAAAGAAAAGACCCACACCAUGAAGCAGACAGCUUCGAAAAUGUGGAACAGAAUGAUGAUUACGCCAAUCCUACAGACUAUAAAACAUAUGAACCUUCACCUCAGGAGCCAAAUGUUUCUUCCCUGAAGGAUGGAGACAAGUGCAGUGCCCUGUACCAGAGAUUUUAUCAACAUUUCCAUGGAGAUGGAGCCAAACAGCCUGCUGACUGUGUCGUGCUUUCGUUAAACAACCAGAAGUUGGAUUACGCAAAAUCAUUAGGCCGCUGCUUGCAGGAGCGUGGCCUCGUGGUGGAAAUGCUUUACCUGCAGGCGGAGUCAGGCUUGACCCGGGCCCUGAAAGAUGUCCGCUCUGAUGGUUCCCCUUUAUGUAUUCUCGUCGAACAGACUAAUGUAGCUCUCUCCUCAUGCACAGUAAUCAUAUUUUCAGAGUCCCUCAAAAUUCACCGCAACAUGCCCAGAGAGCAGGCUCUGGACUUGGUGAUGGUGGAGUAUGGGCGUGCAAGCGGUGCCCGGCGACAGUGUGACCCUGCGGAGGCAGCAGCAAGGGCUUCUGAGCUCUCUGAUGACUACCUGGAUCGGGCCAAGCUGGAGCGCCACGCUGUGCCCUCUGCCACGCGCCACCUGCUCCUCCUCAUGGCUGAGGGCCUACACCUGUACCCAGAGGAGCUGGACUCCAUUGCUGCGUAUGUACACAACCGCCAGGACCAUCUGCAAGCAACCUCUCCUGAAGUAGAUGGUAAAGUGGCCCCUGAAACAACGAACAGUCUCCCUGCAGGUCUAGGGAAUCCUCCACCCCUGCUCUCUAUACCUGUCGGUUCUGUCCCCCAACUCAGUGAGCACCAGGCAUCUUCCACUGGCAUAGCCAAGCCAGCUCAUGGGCAUCAAAUGAGUGUACCAGACUCGUAUCCCAAAACGAAGCCUCCUCCUCUUCUCUCACUGAACAUUCCUCAAGGAUCUCCUCAGGGUCCUCCACCUCAUGAUCCACCACCACCCAAUGGUCCAACUGCAUCUCAGGCUCCCUCUACCUCUCGUGGCCGUCCACCACCACGUAUUCCCUCUGCCUCUGAGACUCGUCCAAUACUCUAUGGUCCUCCACCUCUCCAUGGUCCUCCUGCUCCUAAAGGCCCUCCACUAUCUCGUGCUCUUUGUGGCCCUUCACCACCCCAUGGUCCUCCUGCUCCUCAUAGUUCUUCUGCCUCUCAAAAUCCACAACCAUUAAGGGCUCCUAUAGCACCAAGAGGACCACCAGCGUCACAUGGCGCACAUCCACCAAGGCCUCACGGUCCUCAUAAUGGACCCCAUGGCUUCCAUAUACAUGGACCACCACCUCAUGGUCCACCAGCGCAGAAUGGCCCAAGUGGACUCCGAGCACCCCCACCCUUACUCAGGAACCUACGCAUGAGAAAUCCAGCAGGACCUGCACCACAGGCUUUGUGACAUUCUCCCUCUAUGAUACUCAGGAUGUCUGAUAAAAUUAAGCUAGUGCAGCCACCUAGGAACAUAUUCUUGCUGUUACCUUAAGACUGUUCAUAUUGUCUUAUGUAUAUUUUUGUUUUCAGUCUUGUAAAUUUUAUGCAUUAUAUAUUGGCAUUUUUGUUCUUGGCUCAAUUAUGCCACGUUUCAUUAAAAUGUUUUAGAUCCUUGCCUUCUUUCUGUC